AUGGCCACCCAUGAGGCGGCUGGUGAGACAGCUGCUCAGGGCAAGGCCACGAUGGAUCGUGCUUUGGCUGAUGAUGAUGGAGACGGCUUCUCCGAGGUGUGUAGAGGGACGAGUGGCCUGAUGCCCAAGAGCAAGGGCCCCAUGGCGAAGUUCUGCGUGCACGUGGCUACGUGUAAGGACACUUCUUUCGUUGUGACCGCGUGCGGGUGCCAGAGCUCCGCGGAGAACCCGAUCAGAGUCGGCAAGCUGAGCGAGUGGAAGAGCAUUCCGUGGCUCUACGGAGAUGAGAAGUCCCCAGAGGGCAAGAGUUGCACUCUAUGUUACAACACCUUCACUCAAGGCGGGUUCCUGGAGGAGUUUGGCAGCAUCCAGAAGAUGCUAGAUAAAGCGCCCAACGACGUGAGCAUCAUGUUGCAGUUCAAAGCUGCCCGGCUGGAGCUUAUCAAACGCAUCAACAAUGGCGAGGUCGAGUUGCGGUUGAGGGGUGCAAAGAAAGAAGACCGCAAGAAAAACUUGCUGGCGGCCAGGCAGCGCAGCAUUGAGAUGCAUCAGAGUGCUGGGACCGUGAAUCGAUCGAAAUUCCGCGUCAUGACCGUGCAACGGUACAAAGACACGCACAACGACAGGACCCCCGAAGACGAUGGCCUGGACACGUGCAUGCAAUACCACAAGGGGAAGCUGGAAGAAGUUGUUCUACUUGCUACUAUGGCCGAGGGUGAAUGGGAAAUGGACAUCGAGGACAGGAUGGAGACCAUCAAGAAAGAGGUGAUUGACGACGGAAAGAAUGUGAUUCGUGAUGGCCAAAUCGAGUCCAAGUUCGAGGCUAAAGCCAGGCGGACCCAGGCAGCCCUCGACGUGAAAGCUUCCACUGAGCAGCUCCUGACUGCGGAGGCGCUAGAAGAGGCAGCUGCAGCACGAGAGGAGGAGCACAAGCAUGAUGAUGACGAGGAGAGCCGCGACAGCGCCUUGGACACCGAGGACAGCGACGACUUCCUCGCAGGGGUGCUGAAUAAGAACAGAAAGACAGCCAAGGCGACCAAGGACGCGCCCUCGUCGGCUGCGAAGACAGCCAGUGGCAGGACCAAGGAGGAGUCCCAGGUCCAGGACGUGGUCGUCGACGUGGAUGCUUACUUGGAUAGGAACGGGCUGCGGGAUAUCCUGGGCCAGUUCGAGGAGUCGAUGAAUCAGAUCUCGGAGGACGCAGUCUUGAACGCGUAUGUCUUGAAGGAGAAGGAUAUCUCGGAUGCGUGCAAGAAGGCCGCGUCGUCCAUCAACGACUCGCAGAAGUCAAUGACGAAACUAUUCUGGAAGAUCGAAAAAAGAUCAGGGAAACCGGAAGAAGCCACAAAGAUCCUCACAACUCACAGGGAGACCAUCUCAGACACGGUGAAGUACUUCCAGACCUCCUCUGGCGGCAAGAAACUGGUUGAUACCUUGGACGUCGAGAAAGUUGCGCAGUUGACGCGCGUGUUCGAGGAUGGCCGCGCGCCCCCGCCGGCUUGCCAGAUCGCUUUCUAUGUGUCCAGGGGCCUCCACCUGGCUGUCAAACAGAACCUGAGCGAGCUGAAGACCUGGAUACAAACGGGCCUCGACAAAGUCGAAAACUUUCCAGAGGAGGACAAGUGGUCGCUGAUCAUGAUGCUCAUCGAGAGAUUGAUCGCGUUCAUGCUUGACGGGGUUUCGGGCAAGUCGGAGUCGAAGGACAGGGCUGCGCUGGAGUAUACCAAGGACUUUAUCAAGUCCUUGCUUGAAAUCCCCGCAGGCGAUCUGUUCGGCCCAGGCUUCGAGAACCACGCAAGCGACUUGACCGACAUCCAGGGCAUGUUUGACUUUGCCGAGCGCCCUGACAUGGCAAAAGAACAAGAACAGGGACUGGUCCGGCUGCACACGUGCACUACAUCUAAAGAAUAUGUUGGCUUCUUCCGCGCAGUAGGCUCGCAUGGCAACUUCGAGAGAAUCUCGAAAUGCAUCAACGAUUCCGUGGCAGAAGCUGCUGGGGGCACCAGCUUCAGGGCCAAGAUGACAGCCGCCAUGUGCCUGAUCGAGAAGCAACGCAGUUACAGCCGUCCAGAGGAUGCGCUCACCCAGAAGGACGCCGAGAAGCUUUCCAGCUGCAUCAGCGACCUCGUCGAGGAGAUGGCGGACUCAAGGGAUGAACGCCAAGCCGCUCAAUUGGACAGGGUGUUCAAGCUUACCGCCGAACACGGGCAAGACGCCGUCAAGGGGCGCCUGGCCCGCGUGGAGAAGUACGCGCAGGAGGUGAGCUCCAAGGACUCCUGCGACGAGCUCCGGGGAGGGGCCAUGGAGACCGCGUGCUCGUUCAUCAGUGGCUUCAAAAGGAGCGUCGAGUCUGGGAAAGUCCACGUCCUCCACAAAGAGUGCAAGGCUUUGACGUGGAAGGUUGUGGAAUCGACGCUCGAGCUCUCCAAGAACGCCAUUGAGGUGAGGCAGGCGAUCAAGGAGCUUGGCCUCGUUGCGACGUUGAUGGAGAAGAUGCACGCUGCUAUCACGUAUCGUUUCGCAGAUGGUAAGACCGAGCAGGAUGUCGACAUUCAGGCCCUCGCAGCCAGGUUGAAGGACUGCCGCGACGCGGUGAUGAAGCUAGCCGAUGGGAACAGAACCUCUGCCGAGAAGGCCGUCGGGGUCAUCAUGGCGACGUGCGGCAUCGAGAAGAUUGCGAAGGAGAAGUCGGACUCCCUCGGCGCGAACCUGACCGAGUCCAUCGUUGUCUUGCUCAAGCACGUCCGCGCCUCGAAAGGCUUGGACGCCCUGGCCAGCAGCGCAGCUGACGCUUGUUCGUCUGUCAUGAAGACUACGCACCUCAUGUGGCAGCUUUCUGCGUGCAUCGAUGGUGACCAGGUUGCGGUGCGCAAUCGGAUCUCCACCGCCACGUCCUUGGCGCAGUGCGCGUCGAAGCACGAUGUCUUCAGCCUCAUCGCUGCACUGCCCGCGGCUGGGGUCCCCACGAAGAAGGCCAUGCUGGACCUGAGCGACAAGGGCGCGAGGGAGUUCAAGGAGAACCUCGAGCGAUUGCUGGGCCGCGACUCUUCCCCCGGUUUAGCCUCAUUGGCCGAUGAGGCAUCAGAGCUGAACGGCGACCUGGUCAAAGAGGGUGUGGGCGUGCUCGGUGAUGCGCUGGACAAGCUCAAUGACAAAAUCGACGCCUACGCAAAGUUCAACUCUGAGAAUGCGCUGAGGGUCGCCAAAGAGCUCGAGGACAAGUAUUUGACCAACAAGGAGGACGACCUGCACGGCGAGUUCCUGAAGUCCUUCGACAAGAACGCUCUGAAAGCGUUGACUCCGGAACAUGCGCGGGUCUGUGGCCAAACGGAUAACACAGUGCAGCUCCUCACUGAUUUAGGAUUGAAGUUGCUUCCAGUGGAUCUCCAGAAGUCCCAGGACAUCAUCGCUCGUUUGAGCGCCAUGUCUAUCAAGUGGGCUCUCUUUUCCUUGCUCCAGAAGGAAGAUGACGCCCCGGGCACGCAGAUCGACAAGAUUAAGAAGCUAGUCGACGAUAAUUUCACAGAGGAGUUCAAGAAGUAUUUUGACGAUGCGGUAUUCCAAGGCGCCGUCGAGUUGGCGAAUACUGCGGACAAGACGGGCUCCGACAAGAAGUCGACGGAGGCGAAGCUCGACUCCACCAGCAAGAUCGGCACCGACGAGGGCGAGAGCAAGGCCGACGGGAAGCCCCCCUCGAAGAAGCGGAAGAAGAAGGGGGUGGGGGCCUGA